GGUUGUCACUAAACUAUGUAUAAACUAUGUAGUGACAAACUCAAGCUCUCGAUUGAUGCAACUCUGAUCGAUCGCUGUCAUCGUGUGGGUCGUCUUCACUCGAGACCUGGUGAGACUGAGGCCAGGCCGCGCACAAUUAUUGUCAAAUUCAUAAGUUAUCAGUCCCGGCAUACUGUGAUAGCGGCGAGGAGGCAGCUCAAGGGAUCCGGGGUGACGGUGAGAGAGGACCUCACUCGGCGGCGUAAUACUCUUUUCUGUGAUGUCGCUGGCAGAGUGGGCAUCAAGAAUACAUGGACUGUUGAUGGCAAGAUCAUGUGGCGUGAGUGGGACAAGAUAUGCUCAAGUGAGUGGUUGGUUGGGAUGCGUGUUAAUCAGGUUUAUGAUAUCGAUCACAAAACAUAUCUAAUCAAAUUGCAGCGCAGUGAAGAAAAAUGCAUCCUGCUUCUGGAAUCAGGGCAUCGAUUUCAUACUACAGCUUAUGAAUGGCCAAAAAAUAUGGCUCCAUCUGGUUUCAGCAUGAAGAUGAGGAAACAUUUGAAAAACAAACGCUUAGAAGUGUUUCGUCAGUUGGGCGUUGACAGAAUAAUAGACCUGCAAUUUGGAAGCGGUGAAGCUGCCUACCAUGUUAUACUUGAGUUGUAUGACAGGGGAAACAUUAUCCUUACCGAUCAUGAGCUCACCAUCUUGAACGUCUUGCGUCCACAUACUGAAGGUGAUAGAAUUAGAUUCGCUGUGCGAGAGAAAUAUCCUACUGAUAGAGCCAAACAACAAUCUGAUCCACCUACCCUUGAACAAUUGACGGAAAUAUUGCAAAAAGCUUCUAAAGGCCAGCCGUUGAAGAAAAUUCUGAAUCCUCACUUAGCGUAUGGAGCAGCACUCAUUGAUCAUGUACUUCUGAAGAGUGGAUUCCCCUCUGGUUGUGCUGUUGGCAAGGGGUUCGAGAUGGAGGAUAUUCCCAAGCUUAUGAAAGCUCUCACCCUUGCUGAAGAGAUUAUCACUGAAGCAACAAAAGCACCGUCAAAGGGCUACAUUGUUCAAAAAGCAGAAGUGAGACCUAAACCUGACGGCAGUAAAGAGGAGUUCAUGACCAAUGUCGAAUUCCAUCCAAAUAUAUUUGAACAGUUCAAGAAUUCGCCCAUCAGGGAAUUUGACAGCUUCAAUAUGUCGGUGGAUGAGUUUUUCUCCACUAUGGAAAGCCAGAAGAUUGAUCUAAAAGCAAUACAACAAGAGAAAGACGCAAUGAAAAAGCUGGAGAACGUGAAGAAGGACCACAGCUCGCGCCUGGAGGCGCUGGAGAAGACGCAGGAGGUGGACAAGCAGCGCGCCGAGCUGAUCACACGCAACCAGGCGCUGGUCGACGAGGCGGUGCUGGUGAUCAGAUCGGCACUGGCCAACCAGGUGUCCUGGCCUGACAUCCAAGACCUCGUCAAGGAGGCCACGGCGCGCGGGGAUCCUGUCGCGUCUGCCAUCAAGAAGCUCAAGCUCGACAUCAAUCAUAUCACGCUGCUGCUCAGCGACCCUUAUGUCGGCAAUACGUCUGAUGACGAUGAGGAUAGUGAUGACGAUUCAAAAUUGAAGCCAAUGAUGAUUGAUAUAGAUCUUGACCUUGGAGCGUUUGCCAAUGCCAAAAGGUUCUACGACCAGAAAAAAAUGGCAGCCAAAAAGCAACAGAAAACUAUUGAGUCACAAGGCAAGGCAUUGAAAUCAGCCGAGAAAAAGACCAAACAAACGCUCAAAGAAGUACAAGCUAUCACCAACAUCAAUAAGGCCAGGAAAGUGUUCUGGUUUGAGAAAUUCUUAUGGUUUGUCAGCUCGGAAAACUAUUUAGUAAUUGGUGGACGAGACCAACAACAGAACGAAUUGAUAGUGAAAAGGUAUCUGAAUACGCACGACAUAUAUGUGCACGCAGAUAUCACUGGAGCCAGUAGCAUUGUGAUAAUCAACCCGUCAGGUCAACCUGUGCCUCCUAAAACCCUCAACGAAGCUGGAGCCAUGGCUGUCUGUUACAGUGCAGCGUGGGAAGCAAAAGUGGUGACUAAUGCGUGGUGGGUAUAUGCCCAUCAGGUGUCCAAAACGGCGCCCACAGGAGAGUACCUCACUACCGGUAGCUUCAUGAUCAGAGGCAAGAAGAACUUCCUGCCGCCCUGUCAUCUUAUUAUGGGAUUCAGUUUUCUCUUCAAACUCGAAGAAGGAUCUAUUCCACGGCAUAAAGAUGAAAGACGCAUAAGAGGGAUCGAAGAUGAUAUUGCUACUGCAGAAAAUGCGGAAGAUAAUUCGCGUGAUGGAAAUGAUGAAGAAAUUGAACUCAGUGAUGAUGAAGGAAAAGAUAAAACAAGCUUGGAACCAGUAAAAGAAGUUGAUGAAGUAAAUGAAGCUGAUAAGAAAGAAAGUGAUGUAAAUGCAGAAGAAAAUGAUGAGGACAAGGAUGAUGGUACACCUUCAUUUCCUGAUACUGAAAUUGUUGUUAAACACACAUCGGAUAAGACGUAUGUCUCAUCAACAAAUAGCGGUUUGGAACUGAGAUCAAGCUUUUCAACUUCUGAAUCUAAUACUGAUCUGAACAUUUUGAACAAAGAAAGCGAUGGCACUAUUCAUAUAAGGCCUUCAGCGCAGAAACGCAACCAGAAAAAUCAAAGAAGAGAGAGUGAAACUGACAAUAAUGAGCAAAUGACUAAAAAUGAACAGAAAAAUCAACAACAGUUAAAGAGAGGCCAGAGAGCAAAGAUGAAAAAGAUUAAAGAGAAAUACAAGGAUCAAGAUGAAGAAGAACGAAAACUAAUCAUGGAUAUUCUACAGUCGGCAGGAACAGGAAAGGAAAGUAAGAAAAACAAGAAAGGCAGUGGAAAUAAGAAUACAGCGAACAUGAAUAAACCGAAAGUGACUCCAAAAGCGCAGCCUAAGCCUGUGGCUGUUUCCGCUGACGCUGCAGCCGAAGUGGAUGACCCUGAGCCAAGUGUGCAGACCAAUGUAGACAUGUUGGAUUCUUUGACUGGCUGCCCACUUCCAGAAGACGAACUGCUAUUUGCUGUUCCAGUUAUUGCACCUUACAAUACCAUUCAAAACUACAAAUACAAAAUAAAAAUGAUGCCCGGUACUAGCAAACGAGGUAAAGCGGCUCGAGCAGCAGUCAGCGUUUUUCUAAGGGAUAAAGCCGCCACUAAUCACGAGAAAGACCUCUUGAAAAGUGUCAAAGAACAAGAGUUGUUUCUUAAUCUCCCUGGAAAAGUCAAACUACUCGCUCCUCAGCUACAAAAACAUAAAAAAUAAUUCAUCAACUGCAAGUGGUUGUACAGUCAUGCGUAUAAGGAGGCAGGGGUGCCCAGUGCCCACAGCACGUUUUGAUGUCGCAAGUUGCGACAUGAGGCUGAAUUUUGGGGGGGAUUUUUGGAAAAAACUAGGGAAAAUGGGGGAUUUUCCAAUAUACAGUUUCUAAGUACCUAAAUGGAUACCAAAUUUUGAGAAUUUUGGGGGGGAAUUUUGCGACAAGGACCAUUGGGGAUGGGCACCCCUGUAAGGAGGUAUUUUGCACUGGCUUGCUCAGUCGAGGUCCAUGUAAAUAACAAACUAUUUAUGAAUUGUUGGAUAAGGAUGAUUGUUUAUUAUAAGUUAUUCAUUUUAUAAA